AUGCAGCUUAUGCCGGCCAAAGUUGAGAAUGAUUUCCGCCUUAGUCCAAAAGUACACAAACACUUUCGGCCUACGAUGCCAAUGUCGCCACUGAGCAAGACCUCCCCACCUCGUCUGGGUUACAAAUUAGGCACUCGCUUGUACAGAGCUCCGCAGGCCGCGAUUCGGAACCAUUCUGUGGUUAGUUCCAGGGAUGACGUGAUGAAGGGCGCACGUCGGAGACGGCCCAGUCGUGGCAUUAGCCAUGGCAGCCAACGUCAGCAGCAGCAAGAAGGCAUGGGAUUUGCGUUAGAGCGACAAUCGUCGGAUAGGUCGUUGGGGUUGGAAGAAAUACUAGAACCGCCCUUGUGGCAUGAGCAAAAGGAUCCAUAUCGAAGACUCAACGGAAGUGGAAGAGAGCUAGGUGGUAGUGUGCCAGAAAUAAAUUGGAAACGGACACCACCGGGUCGCAAGCUUAGAGCCUUGCACAUACUUCAAGGCAAUGAAGAUUAUUCAGAGUAUUUGGAGGAUGAGUCUUUCCGAACUUACAACUCCUUUGAAUGCCGGAGUUCAAAGGAAAAGGUUGCCAGUCCCGUAAAAUCACUAUGGACUAUUACAAAUUUAUCCCAGCUCCUCCUUAUUGUUAUGCUGGGUGGCUUUAUUUUUGACUCGCGCCGCAAAGGAAAAACUCACAAGGCUCAGCUGCAGCAGUAUGACGAAGAACGAAGCCAUUUGCUUGAUCAGAUGAUGUGGAUUGACAAGGCUGCCAAAAAAGUCCAUCAACGGUACCCCGUUCAAUCUCCAAUAGAUUUGGAUCAAGAGACUAAAGAGCAGCUCAAGCAGGAAGUUAGGGAUGCACAAGAUUCUUUGCAAAAGCUUCAGCUACGGGUCCAGCUGAAUGAUAGACAGUUUUUACACGAAAAAUUUGGAGACAAGCCGUUGCAAGUGGGCUUGAGCUUGGAUGCGACGGGGACGGAACGUAUCUCCAUUGCGUUGUCUGAUGACACUCCCCACGCUGUCUCAAUAUUUGUACAGCAGGCUGACAAGAAUUUGUGGAGUGACCUUCGUUUCGAACGACUUCUUUCAGGAUCUAUAGAUGUAUUCUCUACCCAAGCAACCACAACUCCAUUGCUAGAAUUUCUCGAGCGCUCGCGUGGUUGUCAUGAACGCGGCGCUGUUGCCUUGAGACAAGAGGAAGACCGCGACAUCAUGUUUUUGGUUCUUCGGAUAAAUCUCGAAGAUCAGUCUCCGCUCUCGAACACGGACGUGUGUAUUGGACGCGUAGUUAAAGGCCUAGAUUUGCUGACAAGUCGCGUUUCCUGA